UGAAUCUGUAGAGCUAGAUCACAUCCGAUCCUGCGUAUCUUCUUCCCCCUGUGUGCAGAUAAUGUGCCAUAUCCAACCAUUAAGAAAUGGAAGACUGAAAGGAAAACACCAACAGCUUCCAUCUACCUAUUUAAACCCUUGUAGAUGUCAGGUUAUAGCUACAAGAAGUAGUGAUACCGAACUUAAUUUGAAGAGGAGGGGGAAAAUGGCAUCCAAAGCAAAUUCAGGAAAUCCAGCAACAGAGAAGAGACUCACUGCUCUGGUGGUGGAUGGUGGAAGAACUUGUCAAGCUGUAGAGAAGGGACUCCUCAGGCAUUAUGGCAUUGAGACUCAAGUGGUGGACAAUGGAAAAGAUGCUGUGGAUCUUUUUGCUUCUGGCACAAAGUUUGACAUUCUGAUGAUAGAUAUCUCUCUUCCAGGUCUCAGUGGGCUAGAGGCUACGAGGCAGAUCCGUGCAAUGGGAGUGGAUUGCAAGAUUGUGGGGCUUGCUGCAUAUGGCUUGGAAGAAGAGCGAAGGGCAUUUCUGGAAGCUGGAGCGGAUGAGUUUUUCGAGAAGCCAGUGCCUCACCAGCAACUAGUUCGCAUUCUCAGAGACAUUAACAAUUCAAAUUAGCAACAAAACAAUUGAGGGAAUUUCAGAUCAAAAUAUAAAAACAACUUUUUUAUUUUAUUUUAUUUUCAGCAAUGGAUUUAGUACUAUUAUGUGAUGUUGUCUGUUACCAGUUUAUAGUAGUAAUGGUUUGAAAUAAUCGUCAGCAGUAAUAAAAUGUUUAUUUAGAUUCUCUGA